AUGGUUGGUUUUGGAUCGUCCAAAGACCAAAAGAAGAACCAUGAAGAGGUGGCGGAUAUUCCAGCUCACUUGUCAGAUUUACACUGCUUCACUGAAACUGACAAUUGUAUAACAACAACAAUGAUGGACCUCCCUGGCUAUCGCAUUACUAAAGUUCUGGGCGCCGUCUACGGAAUAACUGUGCGUUCACGCAACAUCGCUGCAGGUAUCGGUAUGGUUAUCAAGAGUAUGGCGGGAGGUGAGCUAAGCUGGUUCACUACGAUGUUAUACAACUGUCGCAAUGACUCUAUCAGCCGUGUUGUACAGGAGACGAAGAAGAGAGGUGGUAAUGCUAUCAUCUGCCUGCGCUUUGAAACGGGGGAUUUGGGAGGCUUUGCGCAGGCGAGUGCAUAUGGAACCGCGUGUGUGGUUGAGAAGAUUGAAGGCGCUACUGUUGAGGCGCCUCAGCUACUGCAUUAA